CCCUCUGAAAAACUUCUCCAGAAAGUGAGAACAAAAGCUCUUAAGAACCACCUGGUUUUACUCCAAACAAAUAUUAAAAGGAGCUGAACGCAACUGAACGCCAGUGUCUUUCGGCCGACGGAAAAGACAACUGUGAGGAAACGUAAUAUCGAAAUGCUUCGCUUCUUAGCUCACGUGGUUCUGAUUUCCUUUGUUCUUCAAGUUACCAUGGCAAUGGGAGAUAUAAGUAACGACGAGUUACUGUUGACCGGUGUGCCUGCUGACGCCUUAGGUGACGAGCAAGUGGACGAGGAUCUUCCCAGCGAGGGAACGGGAAAUAAAGAGCCAGAGAUUUCAAAGUAUAUUCAACUUAGCGAGUUGUUUAAAAGACGUCGGUCUUGUGUCAGCUCUAUGCGACAGAAGGUUGUAUGCAACGAGUUAAAACUUGUAUUCGAUUGCUUCUCAUCCGGUCAGGCAGCUUGUCACGAAAAUCAAGCCCGGUUUUGUGUUCCAGAGAUGAGGACUACACAAUGUGGAGAGAUAAUCACUGUCGGUUGUAAAUGUGGGAAAAAAAAACUUUUGAAAUAAAUUAAUUCACCUGACUCUA